GAAUUCGUGAUACAAUAACAAGAAAUGGAAUUGUGUUACUAAAUUCCGUGAUCCGUCUGUAGAUGGAUUUAAUCUGAAAUUAUACUUUCAUUUUUUCCUGCGUAUGUUUGUGAAAACUGUUGUUGCAAUGGCGUGGACGGCAAAUUUCAUUAAAACUACUUUCUUUCUGUGCCUAACAGUCAGCUCGAUUGUAAAUUGCAAAAGGUCCAGUGGCUGUCACACAAAACCCAGAAAGGAUAUUUAUUCUGCUGAAGAGAAAUGUUCAUUUGCAAAACACAGUCGUGAACAGAAAAAUGUUAGACUCGCAGAAAUGGAAAACAAGCUGAACAAUUUACAAAGAGACUUGGAGAACACGGGAAAGGAGUGUGAUUUAAGAAGUGAAAGCAAUAAACAGCAAUUAGAACAAAAAAUGGUUUCUUUAGAAAGUGCACUGAACGAAGAAAAACGAAAUACCAUAGAAAUUCAGAACAAUAUCAGGCGGUUCGAAGAGAUGUUGAAGACUUACCAACACACGGGCCAAAGAACCAGAGAUAUGAGUGAUAAAUUAAACUUAAAUAUAACUCUUCUUCAUUCCAAGACUUUAGAAUUGGAGAAAGAAUUCACGGAGCGCUUAGAUCAAAGUUCGCAAGCAAACAAUAAACUGAAGGAUCGUAUAGGUAAUUUACAAAAUAUCGUCGCCGACAAUGGACAUACAAUCAAAAUACAACAAGAACUGAUAGAAAGUUUACAGAAGAAAAACAUGGAGAUGCGAGAAAGCUUAGCUCACCUGACGGGUAAUUUAUCGGAGGUGAGAAAGACUGCAGAGUAUUUUGGAGGUAAAAUUCCAGACUUGGAUAGUAAGCUCACAUUGAAUGAUCUCAACAUACAGGAAAUGGUCGCAUAUGGGAGAUUUGUUUUUGUAAUUUUGGUGUUGUUCAUGGUAAUUGUAUAUGCGUACAGACGAAGAAUGUAUCAAGAAAGAGAGGCAAAAGAGUCAGCUCCACAAAACAACCCCGUCCCGUUAGAACCAACACCAGGGCAAUACAAGGCGGAUCCUCGUAGAAUGGUUAAGCACACUUCAAAAGAGUUUCCGGUCUCUAGGAGACUAGAAAAUUCUGUGGGUAUUGUAAGCUUCGGUGAGUCCGGAAGUGACGUCCAUAGAGAAAUCAUUGACUCUGUUAUAUCGAAAGCCAAGAUUUCAGUAAGGAUUAGACAUACCAAAGUGAAACAAGAGGACGAAAUCUCGAUGAUUCCUCCAUCAAAGAUAGUUUUUGUUUUUGUGGACGCCAAUAGCCGCCAUAUUAUCCUGGAGAACCCGGAUCAGGAGAUCGGUGAUUUCCGGAGACAGACCACCGAGGCGAUUCUCGGAAUGGGAUGUGACGUAUUUGUGUUAUACGUCAGGGAUGAGGGAGUUCCGGGAGAAUCUCUUUACCACAAUAGACUGACCUCCAUAGAACGUCAUCAACUUCUGUCGUCACUGAAGUCAAAGAACCGUGUCCUUAGUCUGAAUCUCGCUCUCUCUGAUUAUCAGAAAAGGUUUCUUACAGAAGAACUUCAGAAGACCUUUAAUUAAGAUAUUGUCAUACUCUAUAUUGAUAAUAUACUCUUGCAAAGGAGUUUGUACUAAUACCGGUGAUGAGUGUCUGAAUUGGUUUUUUUUUUUUUGCAACAUACAUCAUGAUACAUGUAUGUUUUGAUUCCUGCUUUAUUUUUUUUUAAGUUUUAACAAACAUGUACUGCUAACAAUCACUGUGGUAUUUUGUGAUAAAUUAAAUCGUGUUUUA